UGCAGGGCACAGGCUUGUGGCGGGGGAAUGAUUAGCAUUUUCCCAACGUGCGGUCUUCUCAACACAGCAUUUUGGUUUUGCUCACAAAGAAAAACAUUUUGAUUCAUUUCUUCCUGCUUUGUACACUUUUUGUGUACCAUCACAGCUGAAGCUCUGGAGUCGAAAAUGAACUGGGGGUCCUUUUACGCUGUGAUCAGCGGCGUAAACAGGCACUCGACGGGCAUCGGACGCAUAUGGCUCUCGGUCAUCUUUAUUUUCCGUAUCCUGGUCCUGGUGGUUGCGGCGGAGAGCGUCUGGGGAGACGAGAAGUCCGGCUUCACCUGCAACACCCAACAGCCCGGCUGCAACAGCGUCUGCUACGACCAGUUCUUUCCCAUCUCGCACAUCCGCCUAUGGGCGCUUCAGCUUAUCUUGGUCUCCACGCCGGCACUUCUUGUGGGCAUGCAUGUGGCCCAUCGCCGCCACAUCGAAAAGAAGAUUCUGAGGCGGGCGGGCCGCAACAGUCCCAAGGAGCUGGAGCACAUCAAGAACCAAAAGUAUCUCAUCACCGGAGCUCUCUGGUGGACCUACAUGAUCAGCAUCGUCUUCCGAAUCCUCUUUGAAGUGGCUUUUCUUUACAUUUUCUACAUGAUCUACCCGGGCUUCAGGAUGGUGCGCUUGGUCAAGUGCGAUUCGUACCCGUGCCCCAACACUGUGGACUGCUUUGUUUCCAGGCCCACAGAGAAGACCAUCUUCACUGUCUUCAUGCUGGCUGUGUCCGGAGUGUGUGUAUUGCUCAACCUGGCUGAGGUGAUCUACCUCAUCAGCAGGGCGUGUAAACGGUUCUUCCACCGCUCUAAAGAAGAGUCUAAAGUUGACUGGAUGAGUCAAAAAUUGUCUUCCUAUAAAAUCAAAUCAAUCAGCUGAUAGGGGACCAUUUUUUACAGUGAGACAAAAGAAAGGCAGACACUUUGUCGCACGCAGUCUCCUUUUAAACAACUAAAUAUCCACUAAGCAUGUCAGUCGGUAUACAAUAUUAUUUGCUGUGUAAAAUAGUGAACGUAUCGUAUUUAUUUCAGGAAUUAUCAGCUGUCAGCAAUAGAUUUUUCUUUCCCGUUUUUUACUGACAAGAGCGAUUUGCGUCGUAUCUUGAAGACGGAUGAACGUGCACGUACACCAUCAGACCUAGUCCACGUUUAAAAUAAAAAACCAACUGAUUCACAAUUUGAAUUGCCGUUAUAAAUAUAAUUCAGUAGACUGUGGAUAUAAAAAGUUUACACACCCCUGGUUCAAAUGCCAGGUUUUUGUGAAAUAAAGAAAAUGUAAA